UUUUUUUUAAGAGAGAGACAUUAUUUUUUGCAAGGGAUACCAAUAAGUUUGUAAUUUAUUUAAGUUUUUUUUUUUUUUGAAAAACUUACAAUAUGAAUUGAAAGUUAUAUUAGUAUACUUUAGAAAGUCUCACCAUUGGGAAAUUACACUUCACACGAGUUGUUAAAUUGAGAAGUGGAUUGGAUAUCACCAUUGGAGAUAAAAAAACAAUUCAUUUUAUAUUUUAAUACUCAAAGUUAAGUCUCAUUAAUGGAGAUAGUCAUAAAUAGUCUAAAUGUAGCACAAUUCAGUCGAUGCAACUUUAAAUAGGGAAAAUCCAAGUCUUUGCCUGAUUUUUAUAAGUCAAUUCAACUUUUCAAACACGCCAAACUCUUGUCUUCUCCUUCCCUCUUCUCCCUUCUUUCACUCUUACCUCUGUUUUGCUCCUCUUUUCUAAUUCUUCUUUCUUCAUUCUUAAUUCCUCACUUGAAACACUAACAAUUUUAUUCAACAUGAAAAUUGACAGCUUCAAUUUCUUCUUGUUCUUGUUCUUCAUUCUUUUCUUGAAUUCGGUUUCUUCAAAGCUAUCUCCAACGCAGAAAUCGUCCAUGAUCAAACUCUCCGAACAACUUCACAGCCAAGUGUCCUCUUUCUCAUGGGAUACUAGCAAAGACCCGUGUACAUGGACCGGUGUGGCAUGCAAUAAUUUUAGCAGCUCUGUCAUCAAAAUCUCUCUUUCUAGCUUGAAACUCACCAAUUCCAGUUUCUUACCUAUUGCAUGCCAAAUUCCAUCUUUGGAGGUUCUUGAUGUUUCAAAAAACCUCCUAAACUCAAUCCCAGGUGAGUUUUUAUCGAGCUGUGGUGUUAUCUCUACGCUCAAGACGGUUAAUUUUAGCUGGAACAGAGUUUCUGGUUCUCUACCCUCUUUUGAGAAUGGCUAUACCAGUUUGGAAGCCCUUGAUUUAUCUCAGAAUUUAAUGAGUGGAUCCAUUGAGACGCAAUUAAAUGCAUUGGUGAAUCUCAAAAGCUUAAAUCUUAGCUCUAAUAGUUUCACUGGUUCCAUUCCAAUCAACAUUGGAGAAGUCAAGGGGUUAGAGCAACUUCAAUUAUCAGCCAACAAUUUUCAAGGCACUAUACCAGAACAGCUUGCUGAUUACAGAAAUCUAACCGUUCUUGAUCUUAGUUUGAACCAGCUCAACGGGAGAAUUCCUUCGAAAAUUCAGAAGCUCUCUAAGUUGGAAGUGCUAGUGUUGUCAGGUAACAGACUAAGCGGGGAGGUCCCUGGUUUUUUUUCCAAUAACACGAGACUACAGAGAUUUGCAGCCAACCAGAACGAGUUUUAUGGUAGUGUACCAUCUGGGAUAACAAGGUAUCUGAAGACUUUGGACUUAAGUUACAAUAACUUAAGUGGGUCAAUACCAAAUGAUCUAUUGUCACAACCAAACUUGCAGAAAGUUGAUCUCUCUUACAAUAGGCUGAUUGGAACGAUACCUGGGAAUGUUUCUUCAAGUUUGGUUAGGCUGAGAUUGGGAGGUAAUUUACUGCAGGGAUCAAUUUCGCCAAUCAAUUUCAGAAAUCUUCAGAGCUUGGAAUAUUUGGAGCUGGAAAAUAACAACUUGAUUGGAAAAUUACCUGUUGAUCUUUGCUCAUGUCAGAAGUUAAGCUUGUUGAACUUGGCUGAAAACAAACUAUCCGGGGAAUUACCAACAGAAUUGGGCAAUCUGAAGCAGCUUCAAGUUUUGAGUCUUCAGCUCAACAAUUUUGUUGGCAAUAUUCCUAGUGAAAUCACCCAGCUAUCCAAGUUGACAAGCCUAAAUAUCAGCUGGAAUUUGCUAAGCGGUCCAAUUCCUCCUUCCAUCUUAUUCUUGGAAAGACUUGAAUACCUGCAUUUGCAGGAGAACAAGCUGAGUGGUUCAAUACCCAGAACCAUUGGCAACUUGAGUUCCCUGUUUGAACUCCAGCUAGGGAAAAACCAUCUCAGUGGGGAGAUUCCUCUGAUUCCUCAGUAUUAUCUGAACCUGAGCCACAAUUUUUUUGAAGGGGCCAUAUGCUCAUUUGAUGAGAUGGCUUCCCUGGAGAUUUUGGAUCUCUCCAACAACAGAUUUUCUGGCAAUAUUCCAGAUACUCUUGAAGACAUGUCACAGCUAUCAUAUUUGAACUCUCAACUCGGUUGUCUGAGGUCUCUUGAUUUGUCCAACAAUAAUCUGUCUGGACCAAUUCCAACCAUUUUGCAAAUAUUUGGAUAUCAAACUUUUGGCGGGAAUGAAUACCUCUGUGGGUAUCCAGUAUCAAAUAGCUGCGACACUGAGGAAGGAGGAGAAGAUGGCUUAUCCUUCUAUAUAGGGCUGUAUGUGAGUAUAGGGAUUGGAUUCUACCUCGGUUUUUGGGGAGUUUGUGGCACUCUCGCAUUUAAACAUACUUGGAGAUAUGCCUUCUUCAACUUCAUUGACACCAUAUAUAACAGAAUCUAUGUAACUGUAGCUAUUUAUAUCGCCAGAUUUCAGAGGAAGUCUCUGACAUAAAUAAAUAAAUAUUCCAUUUUCUGUACUUCAUCAGCUCUUCAUCUUAGAUGCAAGAUGCGAAAAUGCAAAUAGCUGUUGAAUAAUAUUAUGUUUCAGUGUUUAUCAGUGUACCACACCACCUACUUCUCUCUAGAUUAGAUUUUCUUGGAAGUCUUGUACUUAAACAUAAAUAAUAUUACGCCACUGUUAUUAGUUAUUCCUAGUUUCCUACCUACAUAGUACGUACACACAC